ACCGACUCUCAGUUGUAACCGAUUUUCACUGCAUUUGCUUCGUUUCCUAACGUUUGCCGCCAGUAAUUUCGCGCAGAAUGUCUGUGAGAGAUAUUUAUUAUUCCCCAAGAUACGCCGAUGACGCAGGUGAAUACGAAUUCAGACAUGUUAUCUUACCAAAGGACAUCGCCAAGAAAGUUCCUCAGAGGCUUAUGACAGAACAAGAGUGGCGAAAUUUGGGGGUUCAGCAAUCACAAGGAUGGGUACAUUACUUGAGACACGGACCAGAGCCACAUAUACUCUUAUUCAGGAAGAAAGUGAAGUAAAAAGCCUUGCUCAGGAAACAUAUUGUACAGACAUUUAUGAAAUGAAUUUAAGUUGGAUUUGAAAUGUAAUGAUAAAAACAGGGAUCAUAUUCUUGUCCACUCUGUCAGAGGCAUUUUAAAUGGGUGCAUGAACAAUACGAUCAAGCGCUUGCAAAAUCAUCAAGGGGCUGCUUCAGAUUUAACAUGCUGUCAAUGUCUGCCUCUCCAGGACUUAUUGUGGGCCUGUUAGUUAUAUUUUGUACAUAUAAAUGCAAUUUUUUUUACUGUGGAAGUCUUAGAUAGCUGUCUUUGCAUGCUUGCUCUCAAGUCACCUUAUUGGUGGUAAAAUGUUUGACCUUGUUAGAAUGUUCUUGCCUCAAAAUUUUCAUGUGUUUCAAUCAUGGAAAAACAUGCCGCUUUUAAUUUUACUUUAAGUAAGAUUUUUGUGAUAUGUAAUGAUUAGUUUAAUACAAAUUAAAUAAGUUUCUGUCGUCAAGAAGCCUCUGAUCAUUGGUGUAUUAGAUAUGAAAAUUGGCUAAUUAAUAGAUUUAACAUGGGGUGUGCAAAAGAACCUCCCAGGCCCCAAGAGGAUUUCAAACUGAAGCUCAUUCGAUCCCCAGCUUGAUGCAAAGCAUAAAUUGUUCUCCUGGCUGCAGGACAAGCUUUAAUUGUUUUAUAUCAUUGAAAUGAAUGGAGUCAAGUGUGAGGGGAAUGAAAAAAGUGAGAAACCCCA